GGGAGGGGGGGUAAUAAAGUAUAUAUUGGAGUUGAUUUGUUUGUUGCUAUUCGUUUUUUUGUUUGAUUUCUUUACUUCACUUUUCUCUAUUCUCGCCUCUAUUUCGCCCUUGUUUCUUACAAGGCCGCCGUUUCUUGAUCAAGUUUCAAAGGGGAACAAGAAAAGAGAGGACAAGAUGAAGUCGCUUGGUCUUCUCGCAACUGUUUGCGCUACUGCUGCGCUGGCCAAGGGGCCGGAGCGAGUUAGUAAUGCGGCGAGGAGUAUUACGAUUGAAGUUGCGCCGGGAGAGACGCGCCAGAUUACUGAGGAUGAGAGGUGGGAUAUUGCUACUGGCGGCGGCUGCGGAAGCCACUUCUUCGACAUCACCGACUCGUUCGCCGAACCUAUAGCCGUCACGCGCGCCGCCGCCUACCCAACCACCUUCCAAUACGGCGCCAACAUCCGGCGCCUCUUCCCCUCCCUCAGCUGGGCCAACAUCAAGAAAAACCUCGAGCAAUACUCAACCUUCCACACGCGCUUCUCCGAAACCCAAUCCGGCGCCGACGCCGCCCAGUGGCUCCUCGCUCAAGUCCAAGCCGUCGUCAAGCAAGCCAACAAACCAGGCGUCACAGCCUCUGCCUUUCCCCACUCCCUCUGGCCCCAAAAUUCAAUCAUUGCUCGCAUCCAAGGCCGCUCCAACCGCACCGUCGUCGUAGGCGCCCACCUUGACUCCAUCAACUCCGCCAACCGCCUCACCGGCCGCGCCCCCGGCGUCGAUGACGACGGCAGCGGCUCCAUGCUUCUCCUCGAGGCCCUGCGCGUACUGCUUACCGACUCCGCCUUUGCGGGCUCCAACAGCCUUCUCGAGAACACGAUUGAAUUCCACUGGUAUGCCGCUGAAGAGGGUGGUCUCCGAGGGAGCCAAGAUAUCUUCACGCAGUAUAAGAACGCAGGGCGAGAUAUCUGGGCUAUGCUGCAGCAGGACAUGGUGGGAUAUACCAAGGGAACGUUGAAUGCAGGAAAGCCCGAGAGUUUUGGGUUGAUUACAGAUUUUACGGAUGCGGUGUUGAAUCGGUAUUUGGUGGGGGUGAUUGGCGAGUACACCGACAUCACCUACGUCAACAGCACGUGCGGCUACGCAUGCUCAGACCACGGUUCCGCCAUGCGCAGUGGAUACCCUGCUUCGUUUGUCUUCGAGUCUGAUUUCCGGUACCGCAAUCCGUAUAUCCAUACUGCGAAUGAUACUAUGGAGCAUAUGGAUCCGAACCAUGUGCUUCAGCACGGACGCUUGGUGCUGGGUUAUUUGUAUGAGCUGGGAUUCAGCAAGGCCUAAGCGUCUUUUACAAAAGGGUUCUCACAGUCGAGUUUGCCUGGGAGGCUGCUGUGUAGAUGUAAAUAUGGAUAUGAAAAUUUCUGAUGGGUUAUGUACAUAUUUACCAAUAAAAAAAAUCUGAAUAUAAUUUCGUCUCUUG